AUGGAAACAACCACCACCACCACCACCACCGUCCCUGCAGACCUUUCCACCAACCGGAGCCACCUUAAAUCCUCUUCCUUCCGCCUCCGUUCUCCUUCCCUCAACUCCGUACGCCUCCGCCGUAUCUUUGACCUUUUCGAUACCAAUCAUGAUAAUCUCAUCACCGUUGAAGAACUCAGCCGUGCCCUCAUUCUCCUCGGCCUGGAUACCAACAUGGACGAGCUGGAUUCAAUUAUCAACUCCUUUAUCCAGCCGGGAAACGCCGGCCUCACGUUCGACGAUUUCCAGGCGUUGCAUAGAUCUAUCGACGAUCUCUUCUUCCACCUUGACGAUCUCGGCAACCAGGCGGCCGGAGAUGAAGAUCAUGAUGAGGUUACGAGUUGUGAUAGUAGUAAGCAGGAGGAGGCCGAUCUGACGGAGGCGUUCAACGUGUUUGAUUUAGACGGAGAUGGAUAUAUAUCGGCGACGGAGUUACAGGCGGUGCUUGGGAAGCUAGGGUUCGCGGAGGCGAGCGAGAUGAGGAGAGUGAAGAUGAUGAUCUCCUCCGUGGACCGGAAUAAGGAUGGACUCGUUGAUUUCAUGGAGUUCAAAGAGAUGAUGCGUAAUGUGAUCGUUCUUCACUAAAUCAUCAUCCUCCGGCCUCAUCAUCAAUUCUGUAAAUGUAAUGUUGGUUUCCUCCGGCGACUGCCACAUCCGCCGGCGCCGGGACAUUAUAUUACUGGCUU